AUGAGAGGAAAUGGGAAGAGACCUUAUUUCAUAUCUGUCAAGAAUGACGUUUAUAUACAAAAAAACUCACAGCUCAUUCCAGCUUAUACCAAAAGCAUUUCUCUAUUUACAAUUGAUUCCCGCAACUACACUACAAAAGUUACAUAUUUACACUCUCCCUGGGAAUCGUAUUUCCCAUACCCCAAGCCUUAUCCCAAGACAGAGUCUUGGAAAGAGAGCACAGAUUGCUGCUCGUGGGAUGGGAUCACCUGUGACUUAGAAACAGGUAAUGUAAUUGGCCUUCACCUUUCUAAUAGCUUGCUUUUUGGUACCAUCUAUUCUAACAAUCCUCUUUUCUUCCUUCUUCAUCUCCAAAGCCUCGACCUCUCCUACAAUGAUUUCAACAAUUCUCACCUUUCACCUCAGUUUGGCCAGUUUUUUAAUUUAACGUAUCUUAACCUUAGCUCUUCUAAUUUUGGGGGCGAAUUCCCUUCCGAAAUUUCUUAUUUGUCAGGUUUGGUGUCUCUUGAUCUUUCUUUGAACGAUUUUUUGAUACUAGAAACCACUAUUUUCAACAAGCUUGCUCAAAACCUAACCCAAUUGCAAGAAUUGGACUUGUCUUUUGUAAACAUGUCUUUGGUCGCACCUAGUUCCUUGAUGAAUUUGUCUUCUUCUUUGACAUAUCUCAAACUUAGGUAUUGUGGAUUGCACGGAAAAAUCCCAGAUAUCAGUCAUCUAUCCAAAUUGGUUACACUUCAUCUGUCAUUUGUUUAUUCCUAUGGUCGUUCGAUGAUAGAAAUAAAACCAAUGACCUUUGACAGGCUUGUUAGAAAUCUUACCAAGAUAAGAGACUUUCGUUUACGUGGUGUAAACAUGUCGAUGGUGGCACCUAGUUCUUUGAUGAAUCUCUCUUCUUCUUUAUCAUCACUUGCACUUAUAUUAUGUGAAUUGCAAGGGAAAUUCCCAGACAACAUAAUUCAACGACCAAACCUCCAAUUGCUCUAUUUAACGGACAAUGAACAUCUCACUGGUUCCUUACCUCGGCAUAAUUGGACUAACUCGCUCCGCUACUUGGUUCUUUCAUGGACAAAAAUUCCAGUAUAUUUAGACUAUGAUUUUAUCGGAAAUUUAAAGUCUUUAGAAACUUUGGGUCUCAGCGGCUGCAACUUUAGAGUUUCAAAUUUGGAACUGCUAGGUGAGUUGACUCAACUCACUCAGCUGUCCCUUUCCGAUAAUAAUUUCACUGGUCAAAUUUCAUCCUCAUUUGGAAGCCUUAAGCAACUCUCCUCACUGGUCCUCUCCUAUAACAAUUUCAAUGGUCAGAUUCCUAAUUAUUUUACGAACUUCACACAACUUUCUUUUUUAUCUUUAUCAAAUAAUCGGUUUACAGGCCCCAUCCCUGUCCAAUUAGGCAGACUUUCAUGUCUAGAUUACCUGGAUUUGUCCAAUAACAAGUUGCAUGGCCCAAUUCCAAAUUCAAUUUUCAAACUUGUGGACUUGACUGUUCUCAUUCUUUCAUCCAAUAACUUGACAGGAGAAGCCUCUCCUGCAACUUGCAAGCUAAAAUCUCUUCAAAUUCUUGACUUGUCAAACAAUAGUUUGAACGGCUUCAUCCCACAGUGUUUGGGAAAUUUUAGCAACAAUCUUUCAGUGUUGCAUUUGGGCAUGAACAAGUUUCAUGGAACCAUCCCUGAAACAUUUUCAGUAGGCAGCAGCUUGAGAUAUUUGAACUUCAAUGGCAAUCAAUUACAGAGGAAAAUCCCACUGUCCAUCUCCAAUUGUAGAAAUUUGGAAAUAUUAGAUCUUGGAAACAAUAAUAUAGAUGACUCAUUCCCGCAUUUUCUAGGAACUCUUUCGAAGCUGCAAAUUCUAAUUCUAAAAUCCAAUAAACUCCAUGGUUUGGUGAAAGGGCCUACUGCCAAUUAUUCGUUCUCAAAGCUACGAAUUUUUGAUCUCUCCCGUAACAAGUUGCAUGGCCCAAUUCCAAAUUCAAUUUUCAAACUUGUGGACUUGACUGUUCUCAUUCUUUCAUCCAAUAACUUGACAGGAGAAGCCUCUUCUGCAGCUUGCAAGCUAAAAUCUCUUCAAAUUCUUGACUUGUCAAACAAUAGUUUGAACGGCUUCAUCCCACAGUGUUUGGGAAAUUUUAGCAAAAGUCUUUCAGUGUUGCAUUUGGGCAUGAACAAGUUUCAUGGAACCAUCCCUGAAACAUUUUCAGUAGGCAGCAGCUUGAGAUAUUUGAACUUCAAUGGCAAUCAAUUACAGAGGAAAAUCCCACUGUCCAUCUCCAAUUGUAGAAAUUUGGAAAUAUUAGAUCUUGGAAACAAUAAUAUAGAUGACUCAUUCCCGCAUUUUCUAGGAACUCUUUCGAAGCUGCAAAUUCUAAUUCUAAAAUCCAAUAAACUCCAUGGUUUGGUGAAAGGGCCUACUGCCAAUUAUUCGUUCUCAAAGCUACGAAUUUUUGAUCUCUCCCGUAACAUGUUUAGCGGACCUUUACCUGCAGAGUAUUUCGAUAAUUUCAAAGCAAUGGUGAACUCUGAUGUGAAAAUGGAAUACAUGCGGGACCCAAAUAAUUCUUAUGAUUAUUCUGAAAAAUCCCACAGUUGA